AAAAACAAUCUGAUGAACUCACAAAAAUGCUACCACCUUAGAAAAAUUAAAGAUUUUCCGUUGGCGAACUCGUUUUUCGAUCUAAGAACUAAGUUUUACGUAAAAAAUUAAAGAGUCCACUGAAGUUAACAUAUCGCCAAAUAUCGAUAGGUACUGGUUUUUUAAUAAGAUUGGCAUCGCUUCUGUUGCGGCAGCAGUGUAAACAGACAUUACAAUUUGGUUAACUAUCCAUUUUCUGGAUGUCGGAGUUAUGGUUAAAUCUGAACAACAGCAACCGCUGAUGAAGCACUAGUAAAAGGGAACAUGAAUAAUUCUUCCGAUUCGGAGUACGAGGACACCGAGUACCUGGUAUUUGCGGAUUUUAAGAACCACAUUCAGCCUCACCAGUUGAAGCACGAGGACGCGGCAAUCAAGGUCAUCGGGAUCGAGAGUGACACGCCCAUGGCGGAGGUGAAUGGCAAUAUCUACCGGGGACGCUACGAACACUCAGUGGGAACCAACGUGUUUUUCGAGAAGGACAAGGACAACUUGGCCAGCGAUCCGCUCUUCGAGUCCGUGUGUCGUCAACGCUACCAGUACGUGGAUAAGUCCACUAAGGUGAUAUCCUUCGAGCGAGUCUACGUCGACAAUUUGCACCUGGCGGCCGAGAAAUCGGUCAAAGCUGAGGAGGGAGAGCAAGCCGAGGCCAAGGCAGAGUCAUUAAAGUUGAAUAUUACCUAUAAGGAAGCGAUUAACAAGUUCGGAGAGGAGCAUUAA